CACAGAUUACAAAGUCGCUAGAAAUCAUUAAAACUGAUUAUUCUAAAAUAAAUGAUCAUUUAAAUGAACCUUUAUUUUAUAUGAUACCUCUUUAUAACUGGGUUUGUGACAAGUUACAUAUUUUUUUAAGAGUAACAGAUCGUUUAUGGGAAUUAAUGUUGUUGGAUCUUGAUCGAGAACAAGUUAAAGAAACAAUUUGGCAAACAAGAAUUUUAGAUAAAAUGAAAAGACUUAAAAUAGCUUUUUAA